CUGUGUUAAAAGAAGAUGGGCACCAAAUAAUUCUUGAAGAAAUUCCAGACUGGAACGAUGUGCAGCUGAUUGUGAAUGGAGAGACCAUCUUUCAGUGCAACAUUAAUGAUUUAGAUUUUGGAGGAGAUGGAAAGCUGGAUCCUCUUUGCCAAGAAGCUAGAGAGGCAGUGUUAAAAGCCUACUGA